UGUGGUUUUAUCUUUUUCUCAGCUCGUGUGCGGGCGGAAUUCAACAAAUCCUGCAAUCUUAUUGGGUCCUGGAGCGGGCAGAAUUUUCUCAUCCGGACAGCCACAGCGGGCGGAAUCCGUCGCGUUGAACGAAUUAGCGGUAAUCGUCAAACUUUCGCCCAUGUUACACUUCCAUAGACGAUUAAUCAACGCAAGUUUAUCUCUAUCACCUCUAAAUCGCAAUGAAAGUCACUGUUCUUCAGGUUCAACAAACACCUCAUGGGAACACCAUAUUCGAGCAGACCUCCUCGAUAAUUAUGACAGAAAGGUCCGACCAGUUCUCAAAGGCAAAAAAGUUGCGGAGGUGUCGUUUGCGUUGAGAGUCAGUAGGCUUGUCAAAGUGGACAAUCAAGAACAAGUUAUAGUACUGGACACUUGGGUUAUACAGGAUUGGACAAACGAAUUCUUGACCUGGAACCCUAGUAACUAUGGUGACGUACAGCGUGUCCAUUUCGCUCCGGAGGAGAUAUGGGUCCCGGAUAUAGCCCUCUUUAACAAUGGCGACGAUGAAAUCAACUUAGCAGGAGGACUAAGCAAGUUUGUGACCGACGUCGCAGUGGAUAGUAAAGGGAAGUGUGUUUGGAGCGGACCAGCCACAUUUAAAGUAAAUUGCAAAAUGGAAAUCCGGGAGUGGCCGUUUGACAAUCAAACAUGUGAACUCGCAUUUGGUUCGUACACUUAUGGAGAGAACCUACUGAAAAUCAAAUUGUUCAGGGAUAAAAAAGGCGGCGACUUUGCAACUCGUUUUGUUCGAAGCGGAGACUGGGACAUAGUAAACAUCACUUCCAAAAUUUCGGAAACUGACCAUGGUGACUGCUGCCCGUUUAACUUCAGCGAGGUGGUAUACACUCUGGAAAUGAAACGCAAGUCACUGUACUAUAUGUUCUAUCUGGCCAUUCCCUCCGUUACACUGACAGUAGUCGCUCUCAGUAGUUUCCUCAUCCACGUUGACAGCGGGGAACGCAUUGGCUUUGUCACAACUAUUCUGCUCGCCAUGACAGUGUUUCUUCUUGUCAUCCCGUCCUUUCUUCCAGUGACGUCAGACAGCGUACCAAUCCUUGGCGUAAACCUACAAGUUACUAUGAUCAUUAUAGCCUUGGUUCUCUUUGCCAAUAUUUUCGUCGUGAGGGUUUACUUCAAAGACGGAACUCCCCCAGACUGGAUUGAAAAGCUCUGUGACUUCUUAAGCUCAAAGAAACGCAAAAGCGUCAAACGGAUUCAUGCAUCGCAACCUAAUGGCGCUCAAGGCAUGGUAAAAUCCACUGCGACAAUGGCUGGCAUCGAGAUGACAGAGUCCAAUAGAGAAAGUCCAGCUUUGUUUGAAAGAGAAGAAGAACAUCCUCAAGAUCAUGAAUUCACGUGGCGAAGGGUGGCCAGAAAAAUAGAUCAAGUCUUUUUUGUGCUCUUCGUUAUUGCCUCGUGUAUUGCGUAUGCCGUCACCUACACAUGACAGAACAUUUGAUUGCCGUUUUCCUAACAGUUACCCGUUUCACAUAAUUCGAAUUUGCCUUAACACGUCAAGAUCUGAUUAUAGCGUUCAGAUUUGUUUUUGUUUUUGUCUUUGCCUUUGUGUAGGUCGACCGCACAGGGAAAAAAAUACCAUAACCGAUAAGUUAUGAUUUUCCUUACUUUUCACAGAUCAUAAACUGUUUUGACUGGGAGUGCGAAGGAAAAGUUCACGGCGGUGAAGACACGCCGUAACCAUUUGAAUGAGAUUUCAAUCACUGCAUGACAAUUUAAUGUAUCAUUUUUUCGCGUUAAGACAC